UUGACAGACGCACGCACCGUCUUUCCCGCCAAACCAAAUAUUACCAUAAACACGUGUGUGACUUUUUUAAACAGAAUAAAUAGUGUUAUCAUGUUUGUGAUAUAUUAAAAAUAAAUUAUUAUUUUUUUUCGAAUUUAUUUUUAAAAAAGUUAUUCAAAAUGACUGCCGGAGGUGAGGAGCAUGAGCCUCUUAUUUCUUCGUCUGUUGAUAAUCAACGUGUGACUUACAGCAAUUCACCCCAGGGUAGUUCACCGAACGAUUCACCUCGCGCCAGUGGUGGAGAGGUCACAUUGGCAAUUCCUCAGAGCAGAAGCUAUGGAGCUAUUGGUUGUGCGGAGAAGGUUACAUACAACUGGGCUGACGUCAACGCCUUUGCCACAGAAGAUAGGUCGAGAAACAGAAAGUUCUGGAACUUCUGGAGAGGAUCAUCUGACCGCAUGUUCCAGCAGAGAAAACAGCUACUUAGAAAUGUCAAUGGAGCUGCGUAUCCAGGCGAACUCCUCGCCCUCAUGGGAUCCUCUGGCGCUGGCAAGACCACGCUGCUUAACACAUUAACCUUCCGAACCCCUAGUGGCGUGGUCUCCAGCGGGACUAGAGCCCUGAAUGGACAACCUGCUACUCCUGAAGCCAUGGCAGCGUUAUCAGCGUAUGUUCAGCAACAGGAUCUGUUCAUAGGCACUCUGACUGUGCGAGAACAUUUGAUUUUCCAGGCACUCGUCCGAAUGGAUCGGCAUAUACCAUACGCACAGCGCAUGCGUCGAGUACAAGAAGUCAUAUCUGAACUGGCGCUUACUAAGUGUCAGAACACAGUAAUCGGAAUCCCCGGACGACUGAAGGGUAUAUCUGGUGGUGAAAUGAAAAGGCUCUCCUUCGCAAGCGAGGUUCUAACGGACCCUCCGCUUAUGUUCUGUGACGAACCCACCUCUGGCUUGGAUUCAUUCAUGGCGCAAAAUGUCAUCCAGGUACUUAGCGGCUUAGCGAAAAAAGGCAAAACCAUAGUUGUAACGAUACACCAACCGUCUUCCGAACUGUACGCCAUGUUUGAUAAAUUGCUCAUCAUGGCUGAUGGUAGAGUAGCUUUCCUCGGAUCACCAGAUCAGGCUACUGAGUUCUUCAGAGAACUUGGAGCAGCGUGUCCUGCCAACUACAACCCUGCAGAUCAUUAUAUCCAACUUCUGGCUGGAGUUCCAGGCCGAGAGGAUACUACACGGCACACGAUAGACACCGUGUGCACUGCCUUUGCAAAGUCUGAAAACGGCUGCAAAUUAGCAGCUGAAGCAGAAAAUGCUUUGUACUAUGAGCGUAAAAUAUCCUCCGGAUGGGCGGACUCGGCGUGGUCGAGCGCGGUGUCGAUGCGCGCGCGUCGCUCCCCGUACAAGGCGUCGUGGUGCGCGCAGUUCAGGGCGGUACUGUGGCGUUCAUGGCUCUCCGUUACUAAGGAACCUAUGCUGAUCAAAGUGCGGUUUUUGCAAACAAUUAUGGUAUCAUUACUUAUCGGCGUUAUUUAUUUUGGACAACGUCUAGACCAGGAUGGUGUGAUGAAUAUUAAUGGAGCGAUUUUCAUGUUCUUGACGAACAUGACCUUCCAGAACAUCUUCGCUGUAAUCAAUGUCUUCUGUUCGGAAUUGCCGAUAUUUAUCCGAGAACACCAUUCGGGGAUGUAUCGAGCUGAUGUUUAUUUCCUCUCGAAGACCCUGGCGGAGGCGCCAGUCUUCGCCACGAUACCACUCGUGUUCACCACCAUAGCCUACUACAUGAUAGGCCUCAAUCCUGCGCCGGAGAGGUUCUUCAUUGCAUCAGGCUUGGCCGCAUUGAUCACCAACGUUGCUACUUCGUUUGGUUACCUGAUAUCUUGCGCAAGCAGCAGCGUGAGCAUGGCGGCCUCUGUAGGACCACCAAUCAUCAUCCCGUUCAUGUUGUUCGGAGGGUUCUUCUUGAAUUCCGGAUCGGUGCCACCAUAUUUAGGCUGGAUAUCUUAUCUGUCUUGGUUCAGAUAUGGUAACGAAGCGUUACUGGUGAACCAAUGGUCUGGAGUUGAGAGUAUCGCCUGCACCAGAGAGAAUUUCACCUGUCCCGCUAGUGGAGAAGUGGUUUUAACAACACUAAGCUUCUCUGAGAAAGAUUUCACUAUGGACGUCGUCAACAUGAUCUUACUCUUCGUCGGGUUUCGUCUGCUCGCUUACUUCGCCUUACUUUGGCGCACUCGCCGGGGUAAGUAAGGGCCCUUGAAGUUACUAGAAAACACUAUCGAGACACAUAGAAAUAUUCACAAUGCAAUCUAGGAAGAUGUUUUGAAACUAUUAUUCCUAUGAACCGUUCACUGCUCAUGGGUUUGAAAUCACAACAACUUUUAAUUGAUGUUUGUCAGUAAUAAUUUCCACGCGUAUUAUGUUUUAUACUUGGAAAAUGAAUUCCUCUUAAAUAUUGUAGUAAAGCAGACAAAUGUUUUAGGAAUGUUAAUAUUAGAAAUCAAUUUUUGGUUGUUUGAAAAUACUUAAUUGUUAAGUAAGAUUUUUUCAUUGAUUUUUUUCAUUUGUUUUAUAUUCUAAAUAUUUGAAAAAAUGAUUGUUGGAUAAAUUAGUUAAUGUUGCAAGUAUAAUGUUCAUAAAAUUAUGGUGUAACGCUAAUAGCGGUAAUUACUCGGUGGACGGUCAACCUAAACAUAUAAACCCAGAUAAAUAUGUAACAUAUUGAAAUCAUAAAAGAUUAAACGGCACGAUAUAAAUUUAUAGUAAUAAUAUAUUAUGUAAAUUGUUGAUAAAUUAUGAAUUGUAUUCAUAAUAUACAUUUAAAUCUAAGUAUAAUAAUUGUCUUUUGGGGCGUUCAUAGCAUAAUUUAGUAAGCAUUGAUUUAUAUAUUGUAUAAAUUAUAUUGAAUUGCUUUUGAAUUUGAGUUAUGAUAUCUCAAACACUGGUUUUUUAAACGUAUUCAAAUUUAUUUAGAAAACUUUCUUGUAAAAACCAACUUACAUAGUUACAAUUAUACCUAGUGUAUACUGAACUAGAUAACUGUGUUUCCAGGAACCGUGCUUUCCCUUAAAUAACUACAUGGCUUUGUAAGUUACAAAACACUAAUAAUUAUAAUAUUGAAAUGAAAAUAUAUUUUUAUAUAUGUUAUUUUAAAGGUGAUUUUUGUUUUGGAUUGAGUUUAUGUCGAAGGUCCAAAAUCCAAAUCUAAUGAAAUUGUCAUUAGAUUUGGACAUUAAGGUUUAUUUAAAACGUACGCUUAGGCAAUUAUUUGAAGUUUGUAUUGCUAGAAACAUAAUUACAUAUACAUCUUUUUUAUAGCCAUAAGACAAAAUAUAUUUAAAUAAAAUAUUUUUAUCGUCUUAGAAAUAAUAUUGAAUACCUUCGUUUCCUUGGCAGCAAAAGUAUCAAUAUAAUUGCUCGCUUAAAAUAUGUUUGAGCGCCCUGGUAUAU